AUGCCUGAUGUUCUACCGCAAAAGCGUUCCUUCACGGGUCAUCACGACCUCCUUCCGGCAUCACAGUCGCGCACGGCUGUUCCGGUGUCAAUGAUUCCUGUUAGCACACUUGUUUCGUGGACACUUGGGCGAGGAACUGUGCUGUGGAGGAUAUGGCCGGCAGUUUUGAUGCACACUCUUUUUGCGACAGCCGUGUCUGUUGCAUCGAUGGAAACGAAAAUAUACCUUGGGAUCCCUAAUAUCAUGCUCACAGUUCUUGGUGUUGUCAUCGGCUUUGUAAUUUCUUACCGUGCUUCAAGCGGCUACGAUCGCUACUGGACCGGCCGGACAGCUUGGUCGGAUGUAAUGCGCACCACACGCACACUUACCCGCCUCAUCUGGUUCCAUGUACCGCUGCGGUUGACUCCUAAAACUACUGAUGAAAUUGGUUCCGGCGAUAUGGCAGCCAGGAGCGCUGCGGAGGUACGGAAGGUUAUGAAAGAGAAAAAUAUGGCGAUUGACCUGGUCAAUGGAUUUGUAGUCGCAUUGAAGCAUCAUCUGCGGGGUGAACAAGGUAUUUAUUACCAAGAUCUAUACGGCCUCGUUCGUCCGCUCCAUGAUCAUCCGCAUUACGCUCAUCACCGUCAUCCUGUUGCCUCGUCGACAACUACUUCGCCGCUGCCCACUGCGCAACCCAUCGCUUCUGCAUCGAUUCCGUACACAUCCAAUCAGACGUUCGGCGACCCAAUCAUCCCUGCCAUAAACUCAUAUGGUUCUUUGCACAGCGCACGUCAUGCACUACGCCGCUCAUCGACCCGCUCGACUAGUACUGACUCAUCUGACUCCUCCCACGAGCGCAGGCUUUUACUACCGUCCAGCAUGCCAACAACUCAGACAUUCUUUUCGAAGAUUGCACCAGAUCUGAUUCCAUUUCAUAAUGCCUUCCGGACAAUAUUUGGAUUCUGGAGUGGUAGGCGCAGCGGUGAUGCACACACUGGAAACGGCUCAGAGGGUGGUGUCCAACGUCGCUGGAGUGACGAUCAUAAGAUAUCCAAAGCGCAGAUGAAACACCGGCCGCGCAUUGCCGGUAAUGGAGAAAAUCUCCCGCUCGACAUACUGUAUCAUAUAAGUGUUUGGUUGGCCUCGCUGGAAGAUCGUGGAACUGUUCCUGGCACGAGUCUGGGUAGCAUGAUCGGAUGCAUCGCUACGUUUGAGGACAGCCUGUCUACCUUGGAAAAGAUUUUGACUACGCCGCUCCCGUUCACCGUCUGGAUAUACCUUUUUUUCCUACCAUUCCAGCUUGUUGACUUGUUUGGUUGGUAUACGAUACCUGGCGUAGCUAUCGCGUCUUUCAUAUACCUCGGAUUCUUGGCUGCAGGUGAGGAGAUUGAACAGCCGUUUGGUACACGAGCGCAGAACGACCUCGACCUCGACAUGUUUUGCCGCGAGAUUGUUCAUGCUGACAUUGAGCGCCUGAAGAAAACACCGUCAGCGAACGUGUUUAUAGGGUUGGCACACGAGGAAAUUGUCUAGUGUUCCGUGGCCUCAUGAAGGUCAUUGGCUUCUCAGCUAUCACAUUUUUUCUAGUUCUAGGUGAGGAAGAUGUCAUCACUGACCUCGUCGUACCAUGCACUCCCUCUGCUAAGAUCUGGAAUCCAUAAGUGCUAUGCGUGGCAGUUCUCUUCGAUUGUGCAGUCCUCUUGCUGUGCAUCACGUAUGUUUUAUCCUAAGAAUGCAAGUCUUCAUGUGUGUGGUUCACACGUAGCAGGC